AUGUCAACCCCCCCUAUUUUGCUCCCGGGCGAUGAGGUACCCAGCGACCACUUGCCGCCCACCAAGUCCAAUCCUCUCAAACUAGGCCAAGGCCUCCGUCUCUUGUCACAGCCCUCAUCUUCGUCUACAACCUCGAACCAUGUCAUAGUAGCCACACAAGCCGGUUUGCUGGCAACCGACGCAAAGCGCAACACCGUCUCACUACAAUCUUUCUCCAACCGCCGCUACAUACCCACAACCAACGACCUGGUUAUCGCACAGAUCCACCAUUCUAGCGUCGACUACUUCCAUUGUAUGGUGACUCCGCACACAGCGCACGCGAUGCUGGGCCAAUUGUCCUUCGAGGGCGCCACGAAGAAGACAAGACCAAUGUUGAAACAGGGCGAGCUGGUCUACGCGCGAGUGUUAUCCGUGGGUGUUGGCGCCGGUGCCGAGGUCGAAUUGACCUGUGUCAACCCGGCCACUGGCAAGGCAGAGCCCGGAGGUCUGGGUCCCCUUGUGGGUGGAAUGGUGUUUGAUGUUUCUACGGGCAUGGCAGCUCGCUUGAUUCGAGCUAGCUCCACUUCAGCUAAUCAGUCUGAUGUCGUCGACGGUCUUGUGGUCCUCUCCGAACUUGGAAAGAAGCUUGAGAGCCUGGGUGGAUUUGAGAUCGCCGUUGGACGUAAUGGGAAGGUGUGGGUGGAUUGCUCCAAUGCAGGAGAGAGUGCGGUGAAAGUGACAGUCGCCAUUGGCCAAUGCUUGCAAGGUACAGAUGACAAGAAUCUCGACGAAGCGGAUCAGAAGAAAUUGGUGACAAAGGUCUUGCGUGCUAUGAAAUUGGCAUGA